ACCUUAGGCUUUUAAAAUUUAUCUAGCUAACACUCCAUUCAUUUUGAAAUAGCUGUAUAUUCUCCUUCCCUACCGCCCCGCGCUUUAACAUUCAACCUCCUGCCUGCGCCGCCUCCUUUGCUCUCUGCGUCGAUUCAAAAUGAUUCGGCGCCCGGGAGAGCAUCGGCGGGUGGAGGCGCAGCCGCAUUCGCCGCAGAUGAACUUCCGUUUGCUCUGCCACAUCGAUACUGCCGGCGGCGUCAUCGGGAACAGCGGCGCGCUAAUCAAGCACCUGGAGUGCCAAACGGGAUGCCAGAUCUCAUUCGAGAAACCGCUCGUCAAUUGCGCCGAGCGAGUCAUCAAUGUAAUCGGAGACGCGUCGGCGGCUGAGACGAAUUUCACGGCGAGCGAGGAUGUGUCUGCGGCGGCGCGCGGUACCGCUGCGCAGGAGGGUUUAUUUAGGGUUUUCGAGAGGAUUUUGGAGUUGGAAGGGAAGGUAUGCCACGGGGAGGGAGCAGUGGGGUGCAGAUUGCUUUGCCAGUCUUUUCAAGUCAAGGCGCUGAUAGGGAAAAGAGGAAGAACAAUUGAUGCUAUCAGGAGGAUCUCUGGAGCUAAGAUUAAGGUUCUGAACAAGGAACAUCUUCCAGAUUGUGCCAGCACAGACGAGGAGUUGGUUCAGAUCAUGGGCGGAAUUCUGUCUGUGAAGAGAGCACUAGUUCAUGUAUCUCAAUGCCUUCAAGAUUGUGCUAUGGGAAGAAGACCAAUGAACAUGCCUUCUGCGGUGCUACGAAAUGAAAACCAUGUUGACUUUUCUCCUCACCCGUCUUCGUUAAUGCCAUCUUCUCUGGAUAGUGCUUUUGAAAAAUUUUCAAUUGGACAUACAGUCGCAAAUAAUGAUGACAGGGUUUUUAGACCAGAUGAAGAGAACACUAAGCAUAAGGUGUCUUUUAGGUUGCUAUGUGCUCUGAACUCAGGUAGACGUGUGGGAGACUUGCCUGCCACUACCAUCCAUGCUUUGGAGAAAGAGACCGGUGCUUCUAUAAGUUUUUCUCCUCCGAUACAUGGGUCCCAAUACCGUGUUGUCAUGAUAUCUUCAUUAGAGCAAAUAGAUCCGUUGUAUCCAUAUGCCCAAAUGGCUGUCAUUCGAGUUUUUGAGAAAUACAUGGAGGAAUGCAUAUUAGUUUCAGGUUUACGCAAGGGGGCAACUGUAACUGCUAAGAUCGUAGUUACAUCAGAUGAGCUGAAAUGCAUGGGUGACCGAAAAGGACAAGUUGGGGCAGACAUAAGUUCCACAUCUGGUGUUGAAAUACAGCUAACAUCUGCAGAACUACCCCAGAAUGUUUUAGCAGAGAACGAUAAAGUGAUCCAGAUUGUUGGGGAGUAUUUUAAUGUAAAGACUGCUAUCUUUCAAGUUACUGCUAAGCUACGGCAGAAUUUCUUCUCAAGCUUGGUUUAUAGGGGUGUAAAAUCUAACAAACACUAUCGAAGCGCUUCUUCAAUGCGGCCUAAAGGCAGUCACAACAUCACACAGUUAAAUUUGGCUCCCCAACCGUAUCACAUAUCUGACCUUUCUACCCCUGCUGCUAAGAAUCACCUCAGAUUUAUUCCCAACCUUGGAGGUCCUCAUAAGCUGCUGUUGAACAAGCAGAUCAAUGGCAGUGUGGAUGCAAAUGGGGCAACAUAUAGAACUGAUGAAGUUGUGGUUCCAGCACACAAGUUUGAAAUGGUAUAUGGCUUGGAAGGUACCAACCUCGUAAUGUUGAAACAGAGCUCGGGUGCUGAGGUCACAGUGCAAGAUCCACAGCAAGGGGAAAACAGUGGAAAAGUGAUGAUCUCAGGGACAUCAGAGCAAAUUUUAGUUGCAAAGUCCCUUCUUCAAUCCUUCAUCUGCAUUGAACCACUCAAGCAGUGAAUGGUGGAAGUAAUGUGUGUUCAGUUCUUCAUUGUCAUGUAAGUGUAAAAUGUACGUUCUCCGCCCUAAAUUAAUUUGCUCACUUUAG